AUGAAGGCUGCGAGGUACUACGGCAAAGGUGAUAUCAGAGUCGAUGAUGUUGACGAGCCCAAACCCGGAGACGGCCAGCUGCUAGUGGACGUGGAGUGGUGCGGUAUAUGCGGAUCAGAUCUUCAUGAGUUCAUCAUCGGCCCUGGAAUUUUGCCUACCAAGGAGAAACCACAUCCUAUCUCAGGCCAACACAUUCCACUCACACUCGGCCACGAGCUCUGUGGCAGAGUCCGUUCGCCACCCGCAGGAUCCAAAUUUCAAGAUGGCGAUGCGGUCAUGGUCGAUCCUAGGGUACUCUGCCGUUCAUGCUUGCCAUGCAAAUCGGGAAGUUCGCACUGCUGCUCCAACCUUGGAUACGUAGGUGCAACCACUGGCUUCGGCGGCUUCGGGGAGAAGGUUAUUGUCACUGAAGACUGCCUUUACUUGCUGCCGCCAGAGAUUCCACUGGAAGUCUCUGCCGUACUGGAGCCCUUGGUGAUUGUACAUCAUGCCAUCAAAGUCUCUGGCGUAAAAGACUUCAAAGACAAAGAUGUCUUGGUUCUUGGAGGAGGCCCUAUUGGCUUUGCAUUGCUGCUUUGCUUGAAAGCCGCAGGGGCCAACAAAGUGGUCGUCUCCGAGCCUGCGGGGGCACGACGGAACCAGGUCUCCGAGUUCUGCUCAUCGGUCAUAAAUCCUUUCCAAGAAGAUGUCGCCAAGCGGUGCAUGGAACUUACGGACGGCAAAGGUGUGGAAGUUGUAUUCGAUUGCGCCGGUGUAGUCCCCGCAUUGGAAGGAGCCAUGGACGCCAUACGUUUUGAAGGACUCUAUGUAAUGGUGGCAAUCUGGGAACAACCAAUCACAAUUCCAUGCCACAAAUUUGUCCCGAAGCAUAUCACGAUGAAGGGAAGUUAUAUUUUUGACGAUGAUUCAAUGCAAGAAGUCAUCCAAAUGAUUGUUGAUAGCAAAUUGGUUGGUAUCGAGAAGAUGGUGACAGGUCGUAUCAGCGUUCAUGACAUUGUCUCAAAGGGAUUUGAGGAGUUAAUUAACCACAAAGACCAGCAUAUCAAGAUCCUAGUGAGUCCCAAAUGA